AAGAUAUUAUACCCCCCUCUCCGGUGUCCCGUGUCUACUACCUCCCCUCCAUUCCCUGUAAUAGAAGAGGUAUUAUACUCCCCUCUCCGGUGUCCCGUGUCUCCUACCUCCCCUCCGUUCCCUGUAAUAGAAGAGAUAUUAUACCCCCCUCUCCGGUGUCCCGUGUUUCCUACCUCCCCUCCGUUCCCUGUAAUAGAAGAUAUUAUACUCCCCUCUCCGGUGUCCCGUGUCUACUACCUCCCCUCCAUUCCCUGUAAUAGAAGAGAUAUUAUACCCCCCUCUCCGGUGUCCCGUGUCUCCUACCUCCCUCCGUUCCCUGUAAUAGAAGAGGUAUUAUACUCCCCUCUCCGGUGUCCCGUGUCUCCUACCUCUCCUCCGUUCCCUGUAAUAGAAGAGGUAUUAUACCCCCCCCCCCCCAGGUGUCCCGUGUCUCCUACCUCCCCUCCGUUCCCUGUAAUAGAAGAGGUAUUAUACUCCCCUCUCCGGUGUCCCGUGUCUCCUACCUCCCCUCCAUUCCCUGUAAUACAAGAUAUUAUACUCCCCUCUCCGGUGUCCCGUGUCUCCUACCUCCCCUCCAUUCCCUGUAAUAGAAGAGGUAUUAUACCCCCCUCUCCGGUGUCCCGUGCCUCCUACCUCCCCUCCGUUCCCUGUUAUAGAAGAGGUAUU